UAUACAUACUCCGUGAUGGAUUUCCAGGGAUUCAAAGAUUCAUUUGUCAAGUCCAACACACAGCUGAGCAACAACUCUGGGACAGUUUCUGGCGACGAUUCUGUUUCUCCAGCACCUGAGUUGGCCAAACAGAAAUCUCUCAACAUCCCCAUCAUUAAGCUGGAUGAUGUAGAUGUGUUGUUAAGUCGCUCAUUGGAAAUGAACAAGACAGAUAUCAGAAGACAGUUAUCACAAUCGCUUCAGUUAGGGGGCCAUGGUAGUUCCGGAGGAAUCAGCAAGCCACAAUCGCGUAAGAAUUCAAUAAUACCGGUCAGGUCCAACAAUGGUAGUGAUGCCGAAGACGAUGACGACGACGACAAGGACCAGGGUAAUGAACGAAAGAGAAGAGACAACAUCAAUGAGAAGAUCCAGGAGUUAUUGACACUUAUACCACCGGAACUUUUCCAGGACACCAACAAGGAUGCAAAAAACUCCGGAAAGACCAAAGAUGUAGACUCGGAUGAGCGUGACAAGCUGGCUACCGACGAAAAUGAAAUCGCAGCUGCUAUGAAAAACUCCGGAACUAAGGAUGGUAAGCCCAAUAAGGGCCAGAUCUUGACGAAGUCAGUAGAAUACUUGCAAUAUUUGCAGAACUUGAUUGACGAGAACAAUCACAAGGAAGUAGAGUUGAUCAUGAAGUUGCGCACGUUGGAGUUGCGUAGUCAGAACAAGUCGUCAAAUAUUCCCAUCAAUGUAGGGACGACCAGUGCUGAAAAGGCUUUAGGAAAGAUUGGUGUAGGACCCAUGUCCGAAGAGUACUUUAAGAAUGUUUUGGUGCGCAGUGCCGCAUCGGGUCGUAGCCAGAGAAGAGGAAGCGGUUGA